CGGUGUUGUCCGCGGUCUGCGAUCAGUUCCCGCGCUGCCGCAGACACCGACUCACGAGCGUUGCUGUUAAUUCGCUCGUUCGUCGUAUCCGCAAGUCGUGCGCGUCGUGUGCCCGGCUGUUUCUGACGGCAAGAUUUACGCGAAUACUCAUCGGUCGUCCAAUAGACGAUUUACCACGCGACGGACGAAUGAGAGAUAACGGCCGGACAACAGCAAUAAUUUAUUGAUGACCUUCUGCACGACACGACUUUUUUUGCCGACCUUAGACAUUGUCGUUGUUGUAGAUUAAAUCGUUGUUUCUAUCAUUCGAAUCGUUCGGCGACCGACGACGGUUCGUCGCGAAAAUUAUCGCAUCAAAAUAUUUAUAUUGUAUAUUCGUGAAGAGAAGUGACAAAUUAAAUCGGAGCUAAAAUUAUCUAAAGUUUCUCGGAUUUUUGAGAUGGCGCGUCAACAACAGUUCAUAGCACUGUGGUUAGUGUUUGCGGUCCUGGUGUAUGACAACCACGGUUACGUGUCGAACCGGAGAGGGAAAAACCAGAGACCGGGCGUGCGGAGCUACCCUGACGAUGACAAGAACGGCGGUGGCGGUGUCGGCGUCGAUAUAAAUGUCUGCGCUCUCGAACAGAAGACCACCAUCAACUUGUACUGUUACUGCGACGACUCGAAGUCCUUCGCGGCCACGUCGGCCGACUGUUGGGUGUUCAACGACGGCGAGCCCCGUGACUCGACUGUCUGGCGUGAGUUUGGGUCGCAGUCUAACGUGACAAAGCUGACGUUCAACGUGCGCGGCACCUCGUCCAAGACCCUGUCGUUCGUGCCCACCGAGGCGCUGGCCCUGAUGCCGGAGCUCCGCACGCUGGAGAUCGUGUACGCCGACAUCGGGACUGUGCAUUCACACGCGUUUGCCAAUCUGUCCAGGUUACAGGACCUCGCCCUGGUCCGGAAUAACAUCGUGCAGCUGGCCCGGGACUCGAUCGCGUACAUGAACGACCUGCGCGUGGUCACGCUCGGUGACAACGCCAUCGAGAGCAUCAGCAACGACGUGUUCGCCCGGCUUCCCGCGCUCCGGAAGCUGUACAUGGACCGGAACAACAUCAGCUACAUUGCCGAGGGGGCUUUCGAGCAACUGCGAAAGCUCGAGGAGCUCGACCUGUCCGACAACAGGUUGACGGGAUCGCUGUCCAGGUACGUGUUCCUCGGAUUGGUGUCGGUAAAACGGCUAGACAUGCGGGCGAACCACUUGGAUCGGGUGGGCCCGGAUGCAUUCGCCGAGCUUGUGUGCCUUGAGGAGCUCGUGCUGGAGGACAACGUCAUAAAGACGAUUGACGGCAGAGGAUUUUCCGGACUGCCCAGCCUCCAGCGGCUGAACUUGGCAGAAAACCGAUUGACUGCUCUCGAUGACCGUACUUUCCAUAGUCUCGACAAGCUGAAGUUCAUUGACAUUAGAUACAACAACCUGCAAACGCUCACGUUCGGCGCCGUGGAACCGAUCUUGGAACGGCUCCGGAAUUCGACGAUCUUUUUCCAUUUUAAAGGUAAGACACGGUUUAAUGUACAACUUAUAUACAUUAUUUCUCCUCCGAAUUAUCUCUUCGCAACUCUUUUGAUUACUGUUAGAGACUGUAUAGAACGCACAACAGUCCAACCUUCGCAAUCCUAUCCGAGAAUUUUCGCUAAUAGUACAAAUAACAAUAUAUUUUUUCGUACACACAGAUGUACGGUCAACUUCAGUAAGCUGAUGUGUAACUGACACUUUAAAAGGUUGCAGUUUCGGAUCUUUCACAGUAAUUAAUCUUGACGCGUUGAUUUCUUUACAACUCAUUGUUGUGAAAGUUUUCCUAACGAUUUUUUUGCUCUAGGACAUUUAAGUAAUGGCACGUAUGUAUAGCUUUCAAUAUUUCGGAUUGCUGCUGCUGUGUACAUGGUCAACGCAAAAGGAAUAGUAUAUUUUGUCGCGAAAGAAUAUGGUUUAUUUUCUAUAAAAUAAAAAUAAUAUAGCAGAUCUAAUAUAAUAUAUAUUUUAAAAAUCGUCAAUAAGCGUUUGUAAAGUGAAUCCAAAAUCGAACAAAAUAUAUUUUAUACAACGUAUAUUAUUAUGACGGAAUGAUUCUUUCUCGUCGCAGCGAACAUUCGAUAUUCUUUGACCUUGCCUAGCAGUUAUAGUUAUCCCGACAUUUCUGCACUCUGCCUUAUACGUUGGGUCGGAUAGUAUUCCAAGAUAAAAAAAAAUAAAAUUAUGAUAAUGUUGUAUUUGCGAACGUGUCUUUUGCGUCGCAGUCAUAAGAAAAUUUACACUUUUCUGUAAUCGAAAUCAUUCUAAAGGCGCAACAUGACAUUGGAAUUACUAAUGCUGCUUAAAUACUGUCAACACUAGUGGACUAGAAUAUAUAUAUACUGUUGCGGUACAUUACGGUUUGUUUUCUGUAAAAUACAAAAUGUAACAUGUUAUAACAGACGCAAACAUUCGAUACUCUUUGACCUUACUAAGUCUAGUAGGUAGCUAGUUAGGUAUCCUGCACUCUAACUUAUAAGAUUGGUUAAGUAGAGCGUGCUCUGCGAUCAAAAAAAAAAAAUCAUUUUAUAUUAUAAUUAUGAUACUGUCGUGUUUGUGAAUGUGUAAUUGUACGUUGCGGUCACGAUAAAAUGUGCGUUGGUCCGUAGUCGAAAUCAUUUUAAAAGCGCAACAUGCACAUAAUAUAUUAUAUUAUUAUGUUGUUAUUAUUAUACAUACCUAUAUAGGCGCAUUACACACGUGUAAUACACACCUCGAAAAUGAUGAGUUACAGCCACUGGCUACAAAUCAAUAGGUAUAUUAUAUCUGUCAUGAUAUUAUUUUGAAAUUAUUAUCCAUAAAAUACAUAAUAUAUAUGUGUGUACAGAGCGAGGUACCGCAUUCUCGAGCGUUAGCCUCGUGAUAAAAACCGGAAAACAACGUGGCCCUACCUGUAUAUGGCAUACAAAAUAUAAAUAUAUAUUAUUAUAUAUUGUUGUAGGACUGAAAAGCCGACAGACUAUAAUAAUAAUUUAUCGCGACGAAAAAGAAAGCUGGGCCGUUGAAAAAAAUAUAUGCCGUUAAAAAAAAAAAUACGUUUACGGGGUACUUUUAUCACGGACGCGCUGACGUUCUAUAUUAUGUAAUAUUAUAUAUAUAUAUAUAUAUUAUUAUUAUAAUGACGUAUGUGAAACAUAAUUUGUAUCAUCAUUUAGUGCAGAAAAAGGUCAUGUCCAUUUUUAUAAUUGUUAUAUUCGAUUUUUGUAUACACUAUGUAUCACUUUCAUAUACCUCAAUUUUUUCCUAAUAACGAAUUUUGGAAUAUAACAUAUUAUUUAUGUUACAUAUUAUUUUUUUUGAAAAUAUGGUUUUAAUAGUGCUUAGGUUCCGAUUAAAAUCAGAUUUUGAAUGACUGCGUUAUUAAAAAAGAAAAAGUGAAUGAGCAUGCUUAGUGAAUCACCCUAUAUAUACUACCAAUGUACGUCAUCAUUUAUUAUAAAAAUAAGUACCUAUAUAAUAUCCAAUAAUUUAUUGCAACAAUUGUACAGCUGUAAGUAGAAUAUACACAUUUAUAAUAAUAUAGUUAUAUCUGCAGCGGCGUACGCGCGAGUGCAGCAAAAGGAACAUGUCCCCAAUUAUUUUAUUAUAAUUAAUGAGAAAAAUUCACAAUUUUUUAUGUGAUUCAAACGGUAGUAUCACCUUAUUAUUAUUCGUUGUUCAUAAAAAUAACGUAAAAAUAUUUAUUUUUUAUUUAAUGCAAAAAUAAUAGGUCGUUUACUAUUAGGAGAAUGACCAAUUUCAGAAUGGGGGACAUCUUAUUUUAAGUCAAUGCGACUAAUGAAAAUAAUACUUCAUUAAAUAAUAUUUGAGUUUUAAACACUAUUACUAAUUAGGUUAUAUACGUAAAUUGUAAAAUUUAGUUGAAUCGGAGAUAACAAAAUAAGAUACAGUUUUAAGAAUCAUGGAACUUUGGUUAAGUGUAUUAUAUCUGCGUUAUCCGGUUACGAUAAUUGAUUUUUAAAGCGCGUUAUAUUUUCUCCUGUUCUGAAUUUGUAAUUCAUAACAAAAAUCGUACAAUUAUUAUUGUGCUGUUUGUGCAUAUACAUUUAGUGUAGUUCAACGGAAAUUCACACACCACCCCUAUCCGGCCAAAUUAAUUGAUUGCAAGUGAUCAGUGAGGUGUUAAUGCAUGACGUUGUGCCAACCACCCUCCUCUCCACCUUCAAAAGAAUAAAUCGACUCAGAAGUCUUACCAAAAAUUAAUAUCGCAUAUAGGUAUCCUGUAAACAACACAAAAUUUCGUUUUAAUAAUUUUAUGUAAAAUUUAAAAACUUCACGACACGCGAAUAGAAGAAUGUAUACCUAGGUAAUAGCCGCGAAACGGUGAGUUAACCAGCCCGCCGUUACCCGAAGGCGGUCGGCAUUUUUUAUCAGAUAGGUUUCAUUUAUAAUACCUAUAACGACGCGAAAAGACUGACAAAAAUUAAUUCUCGGCGCAAUCUCUUUCGCACAAUGUACACAUCGCGUACUUGAGCAAAUAGCAAAUAUAUAAGCGCUUGCAAUGUGUAUAAUAUAAUAUUAUGUUUUGCGCAAACAACAGACUGUUAACUGAUUAACGUCAUAUCGCACGUCGUCGCGAAACAAUCCGAAAAAUAUUAUUUUACGCUUUUAUAGUAUCGUGAUGAUAAACAACAUACGAUAUGGGUAAACAAUAAAUACUUGCCUAAUUAUAUAAUUAUUAUAGUUGUAGUAAUUCGUAUCCGUUCUUCUCGAUUAAGGUUUGAACAAUAAAUACUUUAAUAAUUUAUAGUUUUCAAAUUACCGAAAGUAUAAAACCGAUAUGAAUGUCGAUAAUUAUUAUAGUUUACUAGCUGGUUUACCGUAUUAUCACAGAAUAAUUAAUAAAUAAUUAAUCUGUGGUAUUAUUUCAUGUCUAAAUUGUAUAUCUCUAAUGAUGCAUAAAUUGUGCUCCAUUUAAGGCUGCACCUUAUACACUCUAUGUAUAAGCUUCAGAAUACAUUUUUGUGUUCAAAAAAAAAAAAA